ACAAUUCUCAUUUUCUCCUCUCUAGAUUCUUAAGCAGUAACCAAAACAGAGAACCAAAACAAUGGCUUUCUUCUCCGCAGCGACAUCUCUUCUCCUCCUAGUCCUCUCUGUUUCCUCUCCUUAUGUUCAUGGAAACAUUAUACCAGCCUCCGGGUGUACCCUUGUUGUUCCCCUGUUCCCAUGUUUAUCAUUUAUAACGAUCGGGAGUACGAUGGAUACACCCUCAAGUUCGUGCUGCUCCAGUCUCAAGAAUAUUCUCGAUACGGAACCGGAAUGUCUUUGCGAAGGGUUGAAGAACAGUGCCUCUUACGGAAUCAAACUUAACGUUACUAAGGCUACUACUCUUCCCGAUGCUUGUAAAGUUUAUGCUCCUCCGGUGUCAGCUUGUGGUGCAUGUUAGAUUUCUUCUUGAUUUUUUAUGGAUUAUGAUUUAAUUCCUUUUGUAGUUAUAUGAUUAAUAGAGAUUUUUGUUUUGUUUUGGUUGCAGGGAAAUGGAAUUUUUUUGGACUUCUUGCUUGAAUCAAGUUUUGGUUGGCGUUAUAACAAAAAUUUAGUCCAUUU